CGUUAAAUUCCCUUGGCAGAAGAACUUUUUUUUAAAUCCCCUUACUUGAAUUCCGCUACUGAUCAGAACCAUUUAAGAUGUGAUCCCCAACUGAAAGGACUACACAGCUUUGAUUUACACACAUGAUGCCUGCCAAAAACUUCCCUAUAUUUCAUAUUUUCUGCAGCAUUCUCUUUGCUGCAAUUACCUCUGAAGACCCUUGGAGAUACGAUUGCGAAUUAACAUCAACUUGGAGCACUCCAAAUAAUAGUACUACUAUUUACAGAGACAACUUUAAUGCUCUGCUUACCACUUUGUCCUCAAACGCCAAAAAUCAAAAUGGAUUCUUCAAUUCCAAAUCUGGCCGCGACACUUCAGACACAGCCUACGGGAUGUUUCUCUGUCGCGGCGAUGUUUCUGCUGAUAUUUGUAAAAAAUGCGUCACGAAUGCUACUAAAGACAUUGUGAAGUCAUGUCCGUUUCAAAAAGAGGCUGCGGUAUGUUAUGAUUAUUGUAUGUUACGCUAUUCGGAUAAGAAUAUAUUCGGCACAUGGUAUCAGUAUUUUGUUAUUGAUAGCCCCGAUGAUAGACAUAACGUCAGUGAACCACAAAAGCUUGACAAGGUAUUGGCGAAUUUGAUGAAUGAAUUGGAAACUCGUGUUGCUAAUGAUGAUCGGAAAGACAAGAAAUUUGCAACCCAAGAAGCUAAUUUCACCCACGGUCACAAUGUAUUGUUGAAUUCUGUAAUCAUCUCAUCUAAAAAUUUAAUUAUGUUUUCAAAACAAGUUUUGUUGGCGGCGAAGUCAAAGGGAGAUAAGGAAGUUCAAAUGAAUUUCUUUCCUGAAAAAUUGUACUGUGCAAAUAGGGCAAGAAACUGAAUUUCCUCUGCUAAUAUAUGAACUGUUGAA